AUGACUGGUCAACAAAAUACCCCGCUGGGCUCCAAAGAUCACUUCCUAAUUGAGUUUGAGAAAUGUCGCUCCUUAAAGGGCAAAGGUCAGUUCCGUAUGCAGGAGACGCCCAUCUGUGACAUCAUCCACUAUGAAGAUGCCAGGUGGAGACCGUUAUCCUCCGGUGACCGUGUCUUAGCUCCACUGGAGUCCAACGCCCAGCAGUAUGGACCAGGGAUCGUCCUGCAAGGGGCAGAAAGAAGGGAGCGGAGCUUAGACUUUGAGAGCAGUGGGGUUCUAGUGACCUUCUGGAAUGGGAAGACCAAGAGGAUCUCUCCGGGGCUUGCUGUAUGGAUCCCGCAGCACAUGUACGACCGCAUCAGUCUGGAGCUCCACAUACCCCUGGAGGCUCGGAAGAAGCUUGUUGACUCCUGCUUUGGAUACCACAGAUCUUCUCCUUGCGAGGUUAAAGAGGUUCCACGGCCAACCAGUACUGGUGGCUCAUGUGUCUGCCUGUACUGUAGUCCAGACCAUGGUCUUUGCCAAAGAUGCCACUUACCCAAAGAAGAGUUAUCUACCCUCAUGAAGUCACUGAGCCUCAUCAGCAUGAUGUCAUCGAUAAAAGAGAAAACAGCCAAGGAGAAGGAUGAACGGAAGAGCAAGAAGCAGGAAGGCCGAUCCGAGGUGACCCAUCGCAGAGAAAGAAAAGCUGACAAGAAGAAGAGAGGAGCAACGUCAUCGAGAGAGAAACAGAGAGUGGGAAGUCCUUCGGAAUCUCAGGAGGAAUAUCUCUUGUGUUAUAAAGAAAAACAGAAGAAAAAACACGCUUCCACUCAAUGCACACCAACCCAAUCUGAGAUAAAACCAGCAGCAGCAGCAAGUGGCUGCACAAUGGGUUCAUCGUACAGAGGGCCACCAACCAGCACGGGUGACACGACGCAUCUCCAGAAAACAUUACACUGUAUCGAGAAGGCAAUGAAGGAAGACCGCUUGGCCAUGGAGGCAGCGAUCCGCGAGAGCAGACCUCGCACGGCCCCAUUAACACUCAGCCAUGACCUUAAAGCACGGAAAUCGCAAGAGCUCAAGGAUCAGAAGGAAGCAACAAAAGUAAACCUUUGGGGGAUGCGGUCGGAAGAGAGAGAGAAGAGAAAGCAGGAGAAGGUCCAAGAGAUGGAGGAGAGGGAACGCAUGCUGCAGGAGAGCAGAAGGCUGAAAUCGGACCAACGAAUCCAGCUCGACCUGGAGCGGAGGCUGGAUCGAGAAGGCUUAGAGGCUCAGCAAGCAGAGGCCAGGAGAGCAGCUGCCGAGGAGCGCUACUUAAAACAGAAGCAGGCUGCGCAGGAGGAACUGCUGAGAGAUCACCAAAGGGUCCAGUUCUGGGCCGAGCGUCGGAAAGAGAGAGAAUUACAAGACAUGAAACAGAUCCAGAGAAGCCACCGGGAGAAGGAGGAGGAGAGAAAGGUGACGUUCAUACAACCCCGGGGCAACUCAACGUGGUUCUUAUUGCCUGAAUUCCAAACCAGAAUGAUGUUAAUAAACUGCCGGGGGCUUUGUCUUCUUCUCGCUCCUGAGACCUUUUCCAAAGAACUGCAGCAGAACCGAAUGACGGAGCGAAUGAGGGAGAGGGACGGAGACGUUCACGGCCGGCACCGACGCCAGCAGCUGCCGGAGACAUCUAAGAGGAGCGUUUCCAAACGUCUGGAACAAUUUUACCAGCAGGUCGAGCGGGAAACCCAAAAAGACAGGGAACUCCACGAAUAUCUGACGGAACGCAACCUCCAAGCUUUACGUUCCGCCAAGCUUCCGUAA